CUCAUUCCCAUCCAUUUUUCUGGUCAUUUCGAGGUAGCUUUAUUCGCAAUUCGGCUCACCACUGAAAGGUGCCACAGUCUGGCACCGAACUUUUCAGACAACAUACCUAGGUAUCCCGGCAUCGGGCCGAGUGGGUCAGAUAAGACGCCGGACCUUGGCGAUGCCCUGCUCCGGCAGCGUCGACAAAACUCGCCCCAGGGUAUUUUAUUCAUGAUGAGCAUGCAUCAUACUCCCUGUAAGCCGAAAAUUUCUGAGAAUGGAUUAGAUUAAAUCAUCUGGCUCUUCCUGAUCUGAAUCGUACUAAUCCACGCCAACAUGACGCCGAUUGCACUUGAGGAACACUCUCAAGGGGGCGGGGUAGUCCAGCGAGUCGAAGCCGCCGACGACGACUCGCUUCGGAGAGCAUUGGCAGCCGCGCAAACUCGCUUCGUGGAAUCGCAUCCGAACUCGAAGCGUCAUCAUGAAAUCGCGGUCUCUCAUCUGCCCGGUGGCAACACCAGGACGCUGCUCCACACCUCUCCCUUCCCUCUCACGAUGAAGUGCGGCAAGGGGCCAUUCGUGUGGGAUGAAGACGGGCACAAGUAUCUCGAUCUGGUCGGAGAAUUGAGCGCCGGUAUAUACGGCCACUCGCACCCUGUCAUCCGGGAGGCCAUUGUCUCGACUUUCGACAACGUCGGCUUGAACUUGGGGUCCACGACCAGCCAGGAGCAUAAAUACGCGGCACUGAUAUGCGAGCGGUUCAAGCUAGAGCGGGUGCGUUUUGCCAAUUCGGGCACCGAGGCCAAUAUGCAUGCGUUCAAUGCCGCGAGGGCGUGGACGGGCAAGAACAAGAUCGCCGUCUUCAGCGGUGGGUACCAUGGGGCAGUGUUCAGUUUCGGGAGUGGCAAGGUGGCGCAAAACGCAGUCAACAGAGAUGAUUGGGUAAUUGGGAAGUACAAUGAUGUCCAGUCCGCCAAGGCGGUUAUUGAGGAAACACCAGGCCUAGCUGCUGUUGUCGUGGAAGCUAUGCAGGGAGCCGGAGGGGGCAUCAGUGGGACAGAAGAGUUCUUGUUCCAGAUCCAGGACUCGGCAAAGAAAGUCGGGGCAGUUUUCAUCCUCGACGAGGUGAUGAGCUCCCGUCUUGCUCCACAUGGCCUUCAGGGAGUUCUCGGCCUCCAGCCAGACCUAGUCACUCUCGGGAAAUACCUCGGUGGUGGCUUCGCAUUUGGCGCAUUCGGAGGUCGAGCAGACAUAAUGGCCGUCUACGAUCCACGCUCCACCGGGGCGAUAGCACAUUCUGGAACUUUCAACAACAACACCAUGACGAUGCAUGUCGGCCACGCAGGCCUGUCCAAGAUUCUAACACCAGAAGUGAAUAUCGCUUUCAACGCGAAAGGAGACAAGUAUCGCCAAAAGCUCCAGGGAAUCACAAAAGGCACCAAGUGCUCAUUCACGGGUCGCGGGGCGUUGUGGUGUGUACACUUCUCGGAUACUGGGCUAAAGGACAUAAGGUCCGUUGAGGACGUCAGCGAGCGGCUGGAUUUGCACGACUUGUUCUGGUUCGAGAUGUUAGAAGACGGAUUCUGGAUCCAUCGGCGGGGAUCUAUGGCACUGAUCCUAGAUACGCCAGAUGAGGAGCUGGAUCGUUUCGUAAACUGUGUGGAGAAAUUUCUAGAAAGACAUAAGGGGUCUCUGAGUUUGUGA